GUGAACAGCGUCGAUGCCCUCGGACGGAACGCGCUCACACUUGCCAUUAAGAACGAACAUCUCGAGAUCGUCGAAUUCUUGCUCGACCGCACAAAACUGGAAGACAUCCAACAGGCGGCCCUUCUGGCCAUCAACCUCGGCCACGUCCAGGUAGCCCAGGGGAUCCUAACGCACAGACGCUAUCUCCAAAUGUGGAACCAACGCAAAAAAAUCGGUGCCGACGAAUACGAUUUUUACCAAAUGUCUUCCGAUUCUGGUCUCCAUUUCUCCGAAGAAACGACACCCAUAAUCCUUGCUGCCCAGAAAAACAUGUUUAAGAUCGUGCAAUUGUUAUUAGACCGUGGCGAAUUUAUACAUAUCCCGCAUAAAUAUAAUUGCCAGUGUACAGAAUGCUUGAAUCGGGUCAAGUUUGACCAUUUGAGGGCGGCCAAAAUUCGGCUCAACAGCUACAAGGGUUUGGCCAGUGAAGCCUAUAUAUCGCUGUCCAGUAAAGACCCGAUUCUCAGAUCGUUUACUUUGUCUAAGGAACUUCGGCAUAUGGCAGACAUGCAGAAAUUUUUUAAAAAAGACUACAACGAGUUGGCUGCCAAACUCAGUAGCUACGUGGUUUUGUUGCUCGACCAGAUACAAACACAGGAAGAACUCGAACUCAUCGUCAACAAAGUUGGCAAAAGUAAUGAGGAACAUUACGAACAAUUCGGUCGAUUGAAGCUGGCACUUCGCUAUGGCGAGAAGAAGUUUGUGUCUCAUCCAUCGAUACAACAAAAGCUAGACCAAACAUGGUACGCUGGCCAACAUCGUCUGGAACAUUCUGCCCUUCCUCAGAAGAUCCUCGGUGUAAUACUCAUCGUAUUAUUCUAUCCCAUACUCCUCGGCUGCUAUCUGAUCCAACCAAAGUCACGACUUGGCACCAUCAUCAGCUACCCCUGUAUCAAGUUCAUUUGUCACAGUCUGUCCUUCACCGCAUUCAUCACCCUCAUCAUCCUCUCCACCCUGGAGAUGUCCAGCUACAGCGAAAACAAACUCUCCACAUCGCUACCCGACAUCUUCGCACAGUACAACCGUUUCUGCAACACUUCGCCCGAUUCCUCCUACUUUGGUAACGACUUCCCACUGCGCAAGUGCAACAUUCAACCAAUGGAAAUGCUGCUCAUUGUCUUCAUUGUCGGAUUCAUUGUCCAGGAGCUUCAACAGAUCUAUGAAGGAGGACUCUGUGAGUACAGUUACUCCUACAGCAACAUCAUGGACUUUGCCAUGCUCUCCCUCUACACGAUGUGCUUCUCACUGCGGUUCUGCAUUUUAUUCAAGAGACAACAGUCGACUCAGUAUCUGCAAGAACUCUCCAAUGGUACCAUCGAUUUUAUGGAGAAAUUCUAUGAUGUAUAUUGGUUGAAUGCAGAUCGUUAUUAUUGGAACAAAGACGACCCAGAGAAUGUAGCUGAGGCCUUGUUCGCUGUGGCAAAUAUACUCAGUUUCGCCAGGAUCUCAUACAUUCUGCCAGCUAAUGCCACCCUGGGACCGUUACAGAUCUCAAUCGGGAGAAUGGUCAAGGAGAUAUUGAAGUUCUUCCUGCUGUUCUGUUUGGUGUUGGCAGCGUUUAUUGUUGGAUUGCAGAAUCUUUAUUUCAUCAGUACAUUCCGCACAGCCUUCUGGUCGCUGUUUGGAAGGGGCGAACCCCAUGCCGUCCAACUGGGGGACUAUGACAACUCCUUCACCGAAGACGUCGGCUACGUCAUCUACGGGAUAUACAAUAUCGCCAUGGUAACCGUGCUGCUCAACAUGCUGAUAGCAAUGAUGACCAGGUCAUUUGAGAAUAUCGCGACCUAUUCCGAUGCAGAAUGGAAGUAUGCCCGUAGCCUCCUCUACAUGGAAUACAUGGACGACAGCCUCACGCUCCCUGUCCCCUUCAACAUUUUGACCGUGCUGAGGGCCAUCUUCUCUGUCUUCUGUUCAUUCGUGUCCUACUUCCGCAGAUUGUGUAAGCAUGCACCUCACUCGAGCAACACCACAGACUGCGGACACUGCCCUGGAGUUGCCAUGCAAAGCAAGUCUGGACAGGACAAUGUUGCUUAUGAGGUAACAGACGAGAAUAGUGUGAGUUAUGGCCAAACUGUGUCUUGCAGCAAGAAGCUGACAUAUGAGGUAAAGAUAUUUUGACAAUAAUCUUCACUACCAUCAUUAUCAUCAUCAGAU